AUCAUCGGGCACGGUGUGUAAAACAGAAGUGAAAGGGAAAAUCGUAUUAUUAAUAUUAUUAUUAUCAUCAUUAUUCAACUAUAUCUAUAAUAAUAAUAUUAUAACGAUAUUGGUCCAUCGCUGUUGUACAGACACUGUGGGCGCACCGUUCCAUUAUCAAUAUUAUUAUUAGUGUUAGUGCCGUGUAGGUAAUAAGUAUUCCGCUCUCGAUUCAACAGUUGUAUUCGGACGCAGAGCAAUCUAAAACAUUAAAGAGCGGUGUCCAACUAUCACAAAAGAACAUCGAAUAAUAUACCUAAUAUCGUUUCGAAUUUUUCGUCUGUAGUGGUAUUGUAUGUCUAUCAUAUAUCUACAAUAAACUGCAUCAACGGUUAUCAUAUUAUUGUCUUGAACGGGUGUCACUGUGCUAUUCUGUCUUAUUUUUGGCGACGGUUAUAAGAUGAACAAAAAGUGUGCCAGAUGUGAGAAAAUUGUUUACCCUAUUGAAGAGCUCAAAUGUCUCGAUAAGGCUUGGCACAAACAAUGUUUCAAAUGCCAGUCCUGUGGCAUGACAUUAAACAUGAGAAAUUACAAGGGAUUCAAUAAAGAGCCUUACUGUGAAGCACAUAUUCCAAAAGUCAAACAUACAACUGUAGCUGAAACACCAGAGUUAAAAAGAAUUGCUGAAAAUACAAGAUUACAAUCAAAUGCGCAAUAUCAUGCAGAGUUUGAGAAGACUAAAGGAAAAUUAACACAAGUUGCAGAUGACCCAGAAACAUUGCGGAUAAAAGCUAAUUCAAAAAACAUAAGUAAUGCCGAGUAUCAUGGAGAUUUUCUGAAGAAAGCAGAGAUGGAACAACGUAGGCAUUUAUCUAAUGGGAACAACGCAGCAAGUAAUAAUGAACCAUUAAAAAAAAAUGUCAUUGUAAACAAAACAAUUCAAGAAAUCGAUCAUAGUAACACUGUUAAACCAAAUAAAGUACAGCAAAGUUAUAACGGUGGAAACACAAGAUAUGUGCCUCAGAAAGCUGAAAAUACACAGCAUCAUCCUAGAGUAGAAGACACUUCAGCUAAAAUUCCUGCAUGUUUAAAUCGUCAAUCUUCUACUUUAAUUUAUUCAUCUGAUAGUGGAGAUUUAAUUAACAGUGCAUACAACAAUCACAUUGGUUCAAUAGCUGACUAUGAUCCUAUCAAAAAACAACCGUCAUAUGUUGGUGUUAAGUAUACUAACAAUUCUGAAAGUCAAAACUAUAACCUUGGGAGAGUGUACCGAGCUAUGUACGAUUAUGAAGCUCAAGAUCUGGACGAAGUUUCAUUUACUGAUGGAGAUUUAAUUGUCAAUUGUGCCGCUAUAGAUGAUGGUUGGAUGACUGGUGUUGUACAAAGGACAGGUGAAUCUGGUAUGCUACCAGCUAACUAUGUCCAACCUGCAGCUAUUUAAUUCUGAUUAAUAAUUUUGUUACAUAUUAUUUGUUUAUGUUUAUAAUAUGGUAAAAACAUAAUAAUUUUUUAUUAAUAGUAAUUUGUUUCUACUAAUUCUCAAAACUAAUUUAAUAUAUAUUGCUGCAGCUAAAGAAAUUAAGAGCAACUAA